AUGUCGGCGCCUUCGAACCCAGACGCCCAGCCUUCGGAUUUACCCCCCUCCUCCGUGCUCUCACACAUCGUGGACGUGCACUGCCAUCCAACAGACGCUCCAGACGGCAUACCUGCUUCUGCGAUGGACAGCCUACAAAUAUCGAUCUGUGCCAUGUCUUCGAUGCAGUCCGAUCAAGGCAAGGUGAAAGCACUAGCUAGUGCGUACCCGGAGAAGGUUACACCGGCUUUCGGCUACCAUCCCUGGUUCUCUCACCUCAUAUCCAUAACGGCAUCGACCUCCGCGCCCCCCAAAGAAACACACUACCGCACGUUGUUUUUCCCAACCCCAGCAGCACCAAAUGCCGCCCACGAAGCCCAAUUCCAAGCUCUACUCCCGUACCUCCCCGACCCUUGCUCUCUCUCAACCAUCCUAGAUGAAGUUCGCGCCAAUCUGACCCUCUUUCCAAACGCUAUGCUAGGCGAAGUAGGGCUCGACCGUGCGUUCCGUGUGCCAAUCGACUACUUCGCGUCUCUGCGCAUCCUUACACCUUUUACGAUCCCACUGGAACACCAAUUGCGUAUCCUUGAGGCACAGAUCGACCUGGCGGUGGAGUUGCGGAGAAACGUCAGUGUGCAUAGUGUUAAGGCACAGCAGCAGACCGUUGAGUUGCUGUCGAAGAUGAAGGCAAAGCACGGCGACGCGAGGUGGAAUAGGAUCAGUGUGGACAUGCACAGUUGUGGGCUGAGUGUGCAGACCUGGCGCGACCUCGAGAAGAAGCAUGAAAACGUCUUCUUAUCACUCUCAGUUGUGAUAAACUACAAACAUGCGAACCUUCGCGAGCUCAUAGCUUCGUGCGAUGCAGACCGAAUUUUAGUGGAGUCCGACUUCAACGACAUCAACAUGUGCACCUCCUGGACAUGGGACAUGGUCAGAAUCAUCUCAGAGGUGAGAGGAUGGCCUAUAGAGACAGAAUGGAUCGAAGACGACGCAUCGUUGGAGGAAAAAGACUGGGGUGUCAUUCGCAGGCUCUGGAAGAACUGGCUGAGAUUCAAGAACGGCAACCAUCCCACGAAGCAGAAGGCGAAACGCAACAAGAGAAGAGAUUAUAAUUCUGAAGGGUCUGAUAUCCAAGAGAUAUGA